CACACUGAGAUCUUUGUCAGACGAUUUCCUGCUGAAGAUGGAGAAGCUCCUGGUUCUGUGUGUGGCUCUGAGCGUCGCCUCAGUUUCCUCACAAACGACUGUUGUUUCCAUAACUACCUCACCUACGACGACCAGUAGGCCUGAUGUUUCAGCACAACCUGUAUCCAUGACGACCAUCACAACCACCAGGAGUGAAACCAGCAGCUCCACCUCAGACCAGUCAGCUUCCUCUCAACCUCCCAGUAACACCAGUAGCACUACAGCCGCUCCCAGUAACACCAGUACCCCUUCAGCUACUUCCAGUACCAUCACAGUUGCGACCAGUAACACCAGUACUAUCACAACUACUCCCAGUAACGCCAGUACCAUCGAAGCUACUCCCAGUAACGCCAGUACCAUCGGAGCUACUCCCAGUAACGCCAGUGCCAUCACAGCUACUCCCAGUAACGCCAGUGCCAUCGGAGCUACUCCCAGUAACGCCAGUGCCAUCACAGCUACUCCCAGUAACGCCAGUACCAUCGGAGCUACUCCCAGUAACGCCAAUACCAUCGGAGCUACUCCCAGUAACGCCAGUACCAUCGGAGCUACUCCCAGUAACGCCAAUACCAUCGGAGCUACUCCCAGUAACGCCAGUACCAUCGGAGCUACUCCCAGUAACGCCAGUGCCAUCACAGCUACUCCCAGUAACGCCAGUACCAUCGGAGCUACUCCCAGUAACGCCAAUACCAUCGGAGCUACUCCCAGUAACGCCAGUGCCAUCACAGCUACUCCCAGUAACGCCAGUGCCAUCACAGCUACUCCCAGUAACGCCAGUUCCAUUGGAGCUACUCCCAGUAGCGCCAGUAUCAUCACAGGCACUCCCAGCAACACUGGUAACCCUUCAGCUUCUUCCAGUAACAUCACAGUUGCUACCAGUAACACCAGUACCAUCAAAGCUACUCCCAGUAACGCCAGUACCAUUACAGCUACUCCCAGUAACACCAGUACCAUUGCAGCUACUCCCAGUAAGGCCAGUACCCAUUCAGUUGCUUCCAGUACCAUCACAGUUACUCUCAGUAACACCAGUACCUCUUCAGCUGCUACCAGUAACACCAGUAUCACCGGAGCAACAACACCGUCUCCAACACACUCUGGGAUCCCCGGCAACAACACCACCAUCAACACCAGCAUGACAAAAUCGUCCUCUGCCACGGCAACAAGCAGUGCUGCUGCUGUGUUGCCCAGCAACCGUGGGGGUGUUCCUGGGUGGGGCAUCGCUCUGCUGGUUCUGGCUGCUGUGGUGGUGCUGCUGGUCCUGCUGAUCCUCAUCGGUCUGUUGAUCUGGUACUGCUGUAGGGGGCGCUACAACGGCUUCAGCACCUACGACCACAAUACCCACAGAGACGACCUCCCUCUCUACACCACCCACAGCCGCUUUGAGGCCAACGGCAGGCCAUACGAACAAAUGGACAAAAUGUCGACGAACCGAACAGGAUCGUACACCGUCAACAAAUAACCAGAGAGGAGCAGCUCGUCAGACACGAGGCUUUUUCUAUUUUAUCCACUGUUUUAACUUUAAAUUCUGAUUCAGAUUUUUGUUGAACAUUUGACAUCGUCACUGUUUAUAUCAUGAACUUUUAUUUAUUGUCUGUAAAGAAGUGAGGAGCUUUGGGUUUACAAAAAAAUACUGAAUACAGUUUAUUAUCAGCUUAUUACAUUUAAUCACUAUUAUAACAGAAAACACAUUUAAAAACAUAAUUAUUGUGAUUGCUAUAUUUUUAGUAAAUCUUAUAAAAUACAUCUGGAUUCAUAAUACAUAUUUUGCUGUGGUCCCUUUUAUGCUAUUUUCAUUUAUU